UUGUCUCUGGAGAGAGUCAGCUCAUUUUCUUUCAAGCAGAGUUCAUUGUGAUCGCAGGUCGAAAGGAUGACAGCCCGAGUGUACUGCACUGUGUUAUUGUGUUUGUCUGGAUGCUGGAGCUCAUCAGAAGCUGCUCCAGGACGAAACUUCACAGUGGUCGAUCACUGUCCGGGGAAGCUGAUGGUCGUGCCGUCCAGUCGAGGAUGUGUUUCUGAUAGAGACUGCUCUGGAGGACACAGAUGCUGUAUAUUUGACUGUGGGGCUGUGUGUGUGCCGCCUGCUUUCACAAAGCCAGGAAUGUGUCCACGCAGAAAAUUUGGAGCAGGAGUGUGUGCUGAGUACUGUGUCAAUGACAGUGAUUGUCCCAACAAUGAGAAAUGCUGCAGCAAUGGAUGUGGACAUGAAUGUACUGCUCCAUAUACAGUGAAGCCUGGUCGAUGUGCCCUACCGAAGGGGACUCCAAUGUGUGCCGAAUACUGUUACCAUGAUGGUCAGUGCCCUGCUGAACAGAAAUGCUGCCCAACCACCUGUGGUCAUGCAUGCGGCGAACCUUGCUGAUUUAACCACCAUAAAGUUUACUGAGAUCAAUUUUGCAUAAUAAUACAUAGGCUACUUGAGUUAUUUUACUUAAAUCAAUUUAGUGCUUUAUUCUUAGGGGAUGUUUUCCCUCUUUGUAACCACCAAAUAAAACAUCAUAGUUUUAGUAAACCUUC